UGAGUCAUGUCUGCCUCGCUGGGUUUUCUCCUCUGUUUCUGCCUGCUGCUGCCGAGUGAUGCUAAGAGCGUUGGGCAGCAAGCCGGCCAGAAGAACCCGUCCUCCCGGGUGGAACUGGAGCCCGUGUGGACCGGGGACCACCUCGUGGUUCAGGACGACGGCCCCGAGCAGAUGCUAGACCUGGACCUGGACCGCCACCGCCGACAGGCCCGCGGCGCCGACGAGGACGAGCAGCAGUCCACCUUCAGCCACUCCUUCGAGAACGAAUGGGUGACAUCGCCGCAGGUCACCCAGUUCAUCAACCGGACGAAGGCGGAGGAUGAUUCCGAUGUCCACGUUAAUGGGUCUGACCGCAACACCAAGCCGGGCCUCUUCAACCCCUUUUACCCGCUGGUGGAGGGCUCCUACGCCGCCUACGCCGUGCUGUUCCUGGCCGGCCUGGUGCUGGCGGUGGGCGUGGUGGGAAACAUGGCCGUCAUGUGCGUGGUGUGGAACAACUACUACAUGAGGUCCGCCUGGAACUACCUGCUGGCCAGCAUGGCAUUCUGGGACUUCUUGGUCCUGGUGCUCUGCCUGCCCGUCGUGGUCCUCAACCAGCUUGCACACAGGAGGAUCCUGGGAGACAUCACCUGUCGCAUGGUGCCUUAUAUGGAGAUGGUGUCUCUGGGCAUCACGUCUUUCACGCUGUGCGCCCUGGGAAUCGAUCGUUUCCAUGCUGCUACCUCAUCGUCGCAGCCAAAGGCCAGACGGGUGGAGCGCUGCCGGACGGUGCUGCUGAAGCUGCUGCUGGUUUGGCUCGCCGCCCUGCUGCUGUCCAGCCCAGAGAUCUUCCUGUGGCAGCUGAGCCAGGCGGUGUCCCCGACCAGCGGCCGGCUGCUGGACUCCUGCACCAUCACCCCGUCCUCGCCGCUGUCCCUCUACCUGCCCGACUCACUCCACUCACUGCUCCUCAGGUACCACCAGGGUCGGAUGUGGUGGUGCUUCGGCUGUUACUUCUGCCUCCCCGUCCUCUUCACCGUGCUUUGCCAGAUGGCGACGCGGAACGUCAGCAGCGACUCCAGCUCCGCCCAGAAGCAGCGGAACCUCGACGACCGCUCCUCCAACCAGAAGCGGCAGCAGCAGCAGCAGGCGGAGCGGCAGCUGAACUGCACGCUGCUGGCGCUGGCCGUGGUGUAUGGCGUGUGCGCGCUGCCCGAGCACGUGUGCAACAUCACGCUGGCCUACACGCACAUCACCGUCUCCGAGGACACGGCCGCCAUGCUGGCGCUGCUGCAUCACUUCCUGCUCUUCUUCAAGUCGUCGGUGACGCCGGUGCUGUUGCUGUGUCUGUGUAAGGCUCUCGGCCAGACCUUCAUGGACUGCUGCUGCUGCUGCUGUCAGGAGUGCCAGACGGGCUCCGCCCACGGCUCGCCCGCCACCGCCAAGCUCAAAACAUCCAAUGAGGCCACCAUCUUUUUUGACAAGGCCAAAGACACCUCGGCCAUCCUCGCCAUUUCCAGCUAGA